AUGACUUCUUUGGCGAACCAAAGGCCCUUCUUACAAACUCUUCCUCCAGAGAUUCAGAUCCAAACAUUCUGCGACAUCCCAAGAGAUGAACUGCCGAAGAAAGGCUCUGUGGUUCGCUCCCGGAUUGUGCAGUUUCUUUCCUACGUUUCGAUCGUCAAACCAGAGCUUGCCCGACACGUUCGCACGAUCAGACUGUAUGAUUGGCUGACGGAUACCUAUCGCUGUGGAACGGUUCAUAUCGAUGCCAAUGACAUGGUCUUCUAUAAAGAACUCAUCCUCAAGAUAUUCUCUGAGGAAUUAGGAUACCUUUCACAUUGGAGAGACAAAUGGAUUUGGGCUUUGGAAACAGGAAUCGAAGAGGCCGCGGUGGAUCUUCUGCUUGCUGUUUGCACAGAGGUCAAAGCUUUGACAUAUGGCCACCCUCGGAAUCCAAGUUGUUUCAGCAAUGUUCUGGUAGCUGCUACCGGAGCGUUCAGAAAAAAACGUGUGAAACACCCUCCCUGCCAGUUGCUUACCAAGUUGGAGAAUGUUAAGCAUGAGGCGGAAGCUAUCUGGGAAGGACGUGACCCAUUCUAUAACCACGCACAAUGGCUUUUUCGUAUCCCUAGUAUUCGUUCAUACGAAUGCGUUGAGGCAAACAGCCCUCAAAUGGAUGAAUUUGACAUAGACCCAUUGGACGAGAGAUGCUCGAACGUUGAAUCAAUCAUCUUACAGGAUAGUUGGUGCGUACCUCGAGCCAUUUACUCUUUAAUUGGGGCUUGUAAGGACCUUAGGAAGUUCACAUAUACCUGUGAUAUCAAGAAAAGAAAAGAGUAUGAUGACUUCGAAGUGGAGGCACGGGAUGUCAUGGAAGCUCUAUUGCCCCAUGCAAAUAGCCUGGAAUAUCUUCAUCUUGAUUUCGCUGAGGCUGGUCGCACUAGAUCUCUCCACUUCGGAACAAGAGAACGUCUGUACCUGGGAGUUGAGCUGCGACAGAUGCACAAAUCGAAAAGCCUUAUUCUAGGGUCUCAGAAUAUCUGUGGGCUUCUAGGUAAUGGCACAGGGUAUUGUUACACGAGGGAUGCAUCUAUUCAAGCCCCAAGAGUUGUUGAAUGUAUUCCAGAAUACUUGGAGUGUCUGGAGAUCCAUAGCUGUGGAAGAAACAUCCUCAGCCAGCUCGAGGAGUUUCUGGACACUCUCAUCUACCCAGAUCGGUUUCCCAACUUAUCAUCUGUCAAGUUCAUCUUCAAUGAGAAAUGGGUGAAAGAAGAAGAUAUGAAUAGCCUUGUUACGAAUAGAGAUGGUCUAUUACUAGAGGUUACUCGGUGUCGGGGAUAAUAGGAAUAGUUGAGCCGAUAGGUGGGGAAGUAUUGAGAACAUAGCUGCCAUUUCCUUCAUCACUAAAGUCUACAUUAUUCUAUCUAUAUGCUGUAUCUAGCAGGCAUUACUCAUACUGG